AUGGCUGGCAAAGCAACUCUGAGCUUCCCCACCGGCGAGAAGUCUACCAUUUCGACCGGACUGUUCAUCGACAACAAGUUUGUUCCUGCACUCGAUGGCAAGACCUUUGGCGUGGUCAACCCAAGCACCGGCGAAGAAAUCGCUCAAGUCUCAGAGGCAUCGGCGAAGGACAUCGAUGUUGCCGUCAAGUCUGCACGCAAAGCCUUCAAGGAGGUGUGGGGAGAAAAGACCCCAGCUUCUCAGCGUGGCAAGAUUUUGAUGAGGCUUGCUGAUCUCGUCGAGCAGAACAACGAUGAGCUGGCUCGCAUCGAGUCGCUUGACAACGGAAAGCCCUUCUCCAUCUCUAGCACUUUCGACGUCCCUUCCGUGGCAGCCAACAUUCGCUACUUUGCAGGAUGGGCGGACAAGAAUCACGGAAAGACCAUCGAGGUGGACACUCAGUCUGACUUCCACUACACUCGUCACGAGCCCAUUGGCGUCUGCGGUCAGAUCAUCCCUUGGAACUUCCCUCUCCUCAUGUUCGCAUGGAAGAUUGCACCCGCGCUUGCCACUGGUAAUACCGUCGUCUUGAAGACUGCCGAGCAGACACCUCUGAGCGCCUUGAAGAUGUGCGAACUGAUCGCAGAGGCUGGCGUGCCACCCGGUGUCCUCAAUGUCGUCUCUGGUUUCGGCCCGGUUGCUGGCGCAGCCAUCGCAUCUCACAUGGACAUCGACAAGGUCGCAUUCACCGGCUCUACCCUUGUUGGUCGCAACAUCAUGAAGGCAGCUGCUUCUUCGAACCUCAAGAAAGUCACUCUGGAGCUCGGUGGCAAGUCGCCCACCAUCGUUUGUGACGACGCUGACCUGGACAAUGCCGUGUCCUGGGCUACAUGCGGUAUCCUGAUGAACUCUGGACAGGUCUGCUGCGCUGGCUCUCGUCUCUUUGUGCAAGACACCAUCUACGACAAGUUCAUGGAGAAGCUGCAGGAGAAGUUCACCAUGAUCAAGGGCAUGACCAAAGAUGGAUUUGCCAAGGACUCCUUCCAAGGCCCCCAGGUAUCUCAGCUUCAAUUCGACCGCAUUAUGGAGCACAUUGAGACUGGUAAGAAGGAGGGCGCCACUCUGAGGCAAGGUGGCAACCGUCACGGCGACAAGGGCUACUUUAUCGAGCCCACGAUCUUCGAAAACGUGCCCGUGGAUGCGAAGAUCAACCGCGAGGAGAUCUUUGGACCUGUUCUGGUCGUCAACAAGUGGAAGGACGAGGAGGAGUUGAUUGCUCGUGCUAACGACACUCUGUACGGCUUGGCAGCUGCUGUGCACACCACGCACAUCCGCAAGGGUAUCGAGAUUGCGCACAAGCUGCAGGCGGGAACUGUCUGGAUCAACCAGCACAACAUGCUCAACCCACAAGUUCCGUUCGGUGGCUUCAAGGCUUCGGGCAUCGGUCGCGAGCUGGGAGAGUAUGCUCUGGCCAAUUACACCAACGUCAAGGCUGUCCACCUGGCCCUCGGCAGACAACCCCCCAUCUAA